AAUCCUUCUGUCUUCGGCCUUGGCUCUUCUGUCUCUCAUUAAUCUCAUGUUUGUUCUUGUCUGCAAAUUAUUUCCUAACUACAGUAACUUCAAUCCCCAUUAUACCCCGUAAAACCCGCUAUCCGCGCCAUGAAUGGGACCAAAGACACCAAAAAGCGCUACCUUGGGUAUCCCAAAGCUGUAGAAGCUCCCAAGAUCCCGUAUAGGAAAUCAAGUGAUCAAAACCCCGCUGUUCGAGGUCUUCCCCUGGUGGUUGGUGGAUGGCUUGUAUCCAAGCUGCAAUUCGUCCAAAAGUAUCUCUGGGCAAAUGCGGGCUUCAAUGGACUUCGCGAUCUUCAGUAUUUAAGCGAUUAUUCGGAGCGAUGGGAUCCUACGGUCAUCCCAAUCCAAAACGAUCUUUCCAUCUCACCCCCAGCAUUAGACUCAGGGUCCUUUCCGAUCCUGCCUGAGAACCUCCCAGGGAGGUAUUACUCCAUUCCCGAGUACCAUUCUAUGUACCUUUCUGGAAAAGUUACUCCCUUGGACGUCGUCUCAUCUUUGCUACCGCUCAUUCAGAGAGACGUCAGCCAAGCGUCGCACUCUAUCGCAUUCAUUGACAGUCACCCGGAAGAGAUUCUGGAAGCAGCCAGAGCAUCAACCCUGCGCUACAAAGAAGGGAAGCCAUUGAGCAUCUUUGAUGGUGUUCCAACGGCAAUCAAAGAUGAAUGCAAUGUCGCAGGUUAUCGAACAACCGGGGGACGGAAGCGCAACGACAAGCUUAUGCCCGUUGCUAAAGAAUCAACAUGGCCUGUUCAAAAGUGGGAAGAAGCGGGUGGCAUUAUCCUGGGCAAACUGAAUAUGCACGAGCUAGGCGCCGACACGACGAACAACAACCCAAACUGGGGAACCCCUCGAAACCCCCACAAUGACAAGUAUUACACCGGCGGCUCGUCUGGCGGAGCAGCCUAUGUGGUGUCAGCUGGACUGGUCCCUGUGGCUCUCGGUGCUGAUGGGGGAGGGAGUAUCCGGAUUCCUUCGUCAUUCUGUGGAAUCUAUGGUCUCAAACCUUCGCACAGUCGCCUCGAGGACACCCAUAGCACGGUGACAGUCACCGGGCCAUUGGCAGCUACUAUGGCAGACCUCGAAGCUUCAUACCGUUUAAUGGCUACCCCAAACCCCUCAGAUCCCAACUGUUCGCUCUUCAGCCCCCCCGGUGUCGCUUCCCCUUCCCGUCCCAAGGUCAUUGGCAUAUACAAAGAAUGGUUUGAUCGUGCCGACCCCGCCGUUCUCAAACUCUGCAACGAAGCUGUCGACUACUACAAAACCACACUCGGCUACGAGGUUGUCUCAAUUGAGAUCCCCUACGCCCCAGAAGGCCAGCUUGCCCAUGCAUUCACAAUCCUCGCCGAGAUGGCCAUUCGAGCCCGCGCCCACCCAUGUGCAAAGCCGCACUGGCUCUCCGGCUUGAACCCCGCGAACAAGAUCCUUCUGGCCGUAGGGGGUCAAACCCCGACCCGCGAUUAUCUCCUUGCCCAACAGCUCCGAAACAUGCUGAUGCAACAUCUUGCUUUUCUCUACCAGAAAUACCCCGGCCUCCUCAUCGUAACCCCAACGACGCCCAUGGCGGGCUGGCCAAUUGCCAACGAGGCUGACCUGAAGUACGGCGUCACGGAUGGCAAUGCCUCGAUCCGCAAUAUGGAGUACGUGUGGCUCGCGAACUUUUCGGGGUGCCCGGCCAUCAGCUGCCCGGUUGGAUAUGCCGAGCCGGCGAAGGGCAACGGGAAGAUUCCGGUGGGGUUGAUGGCGAUGGGGGAGUGGGGAAGCGAGGACUCCUUGAUCGCGUGGGGCAAGGAGGCCGAGCAGUGGCUCCAUGAGGUGUAUCCUGGCGGGAGGCAGAGACCCGCGAAUUGGGAGGAUGUGAUGGCGAACGCCAAGGGGAAGGUGAAGGAGGAGAAAGUCGAGUCUUGAUCGUGCUUAGCGCAGUUGUUGUAUCCUGGUUCUCAACAUGUUACAUCUCAGAUCCCUUUUCGCUAGUUCGUAAAGCUGGUUCCCUCUCUCGCAAGAACUGCUGAUAUUCUUCUACCGUUAGAGCAUACAAUAAUACUGCACCUGCC